AUGCCACCGAAAAAGGACGAAGAAGGAAAAAUUUUAAAUGAUGACAAAGGGGAUGCAUAUAAGGUGCAUUUGUGCAAGACCGAUGUUAGCAUGAAUUCGAACAAGUUUUAUGAUAUGGAAUUUUUCGACAGAAACUCGUCUAAUCAAUACACAGUGAAAAUGAUUAAUGGAAGAAUUGGAUACAAUGGAGUAACACAUUUGAAGCAAUUCAGUGAUUUGGAGAAGGCAAAAGAGUUUUUUCACAAAAAGUUCACCGAAAAGACGAGUCUUGAAUGGGAACAGCGAAAUGGGACGCCGGUUCCUGGCAAGUAUGUGAUUGUUAAGCUUGCCAACCCUGAAGUCGCUGAUUUGGGUGUGGAAGAAGAAAAACCUGACACGUCGAGAAGUUCGAGAAGGCGGAAGAAGCAGCCUGACGAGGAUGACGAGCUUGCGGAGAAGAUUCACAAUUUGAUUAAAAUAAUUUGCGAUGAGGAUGCUCAUCUAGGACUUCUUAAGAAGUUGAAGUAUAAUGAGGAGUUUGGAAAACCACUCGAUUGUCUCUCCAUUGAGCAACUUGAUGUUGGAUAUCAGAUAUUGAAGGAGAUUGAAGACUAUAUAACAGCACGGAUCAAUGCCGAGGCAACUGCUGCCGCGGCAACGGCAACUGUCAAGUUAACAAUGUCGAUGAGACGAAGCGGACGGAAGCCGAUGAUUCGGCCGCCGCCGGCGUAUCCGGCUUCCAUGACCAAUAUAACUAACAAAUAUUACUCGUUGAUUCCGCACUCAUUUGGAUUCUCGAUUCCCCCAAAAAUCGAUAGCCUGUAUAAGAUACAACAAGAGAAAGAGCUCCUUGACGCGUUGCGCGGAACCAUUCAAACGGCAUUAAAUGUUAAGAAAGCGAAAAAAUUGGAUCCGGAGAAGAGUAUUUAUUAUCGAUUGUAUAAUGAACUUCCUUGCACGCUUGAGCUUGUCGAUAAUGACGUUGCUGCGUUGAUUGCCGAAUGCUUGAAAUUCCGAGCGCCGACGCAUUAUUACGCGCUGCACUUGAUGAACGCUUAUGAAGUGAAGAAGAAGAUUGUUGGUGAUGUGCCGUUUAAAAAGAAACGCAUCAAAACGGAAAAAAUGCUUCUCUGGCACGGAACCCGUGUGACAAAUGUGUUCUCGAUUCUGAUGAAUGGUUUGGAGAUGCCACGUGGCCCGCGCGGUGACUUGAUGUUCGGCAACGGCAUUUAUUUCGCGAACGUUCCCACGAAAUCGGCGAAUUAUUGUAAACCGGAUGAUGAGGGACGAGCGUUUUUGCUACUUUGCGAAGUCGACAUUCAUAACCCGCUCGUGGUCUAUGAAUCGGACACACUGGCCCAUAAUCGAAUGAUUGCUGCUGGCAAUGGUAUUGUGUUUGCCGCUGGAAGACAGUCGCCAAGCGAAUUGAUGGAAAUCCAAGGCGUUCCUAUUUACAAAGGAGGUCUUCAAGAGAAUUGCGAUAAGCUGUCGGAGCUCAUGUAUGAUGAAUACGUUGUUUAUGAUCGCGAGAAGUUCUUCAUCAAAUAUGUCAUCGAAAUGCGUCUUGAAAAGCUCAAAAUGGAAGAAAUAAUGGCUCAUUGUUAA